AUGCCACGCGGAUCUUUCUACAUCACGACGGCCAUCGAUUACCCCAACAGCCGCCCCCACAUUGGGACGGCCUUCGAGAAGAUCGGGGCCGACAUCCAAGCCCGAUAUCGCCGCCAGCAGGGAUGGGACGUUCAUCUGCAGAUGGGCAACGACGAGAACACGAUCAAGGUGGUCGAGCGCGCCAAUGAGUUGGGGCUCGAUCCCAAAGCAUACGUCGAUGGGAUGGCGGGCGAAUUUCGCGAGGUAUGGGACGCCCUGGAUAUCUCGUACGACGGGUUCAUCCAAACCAGCGAAGAACGUCACGCCGUGGGUUGUCAGAGGUUCAUCCAGAAGGUGUACGACGCCGGCGACAUCUACAAGCGCAACUACGAAGCGUUGUACUGCGAAGGCUGCGAGGAGUUCAAAACCACUUCGCAGCUGACGCCCGAGGGGCGUUGCCCGAAUCAUCCGAACCGUGAGUUGCGGCACGUGGAAGAAGAGAACUAUUUCUUCCGUCUCUCGGCCUACGGUGAGCGGUUGCUGGAACUGUAUGAGAAGCGGCCGGAGUUCAUUCAACCAGAGUCGCGGCGGAACGAGAUCAUCAGCCUGGUGCGGGGCGGGCUGGAAGACGUUUCGAUCAGCCGUCGCGAUUUCACCUGGGGUAUCGAUAUACCUUGGGACGCCGAACAUAAGAUCUACGUGUGGUUCGAUGCCCUGCUCAACUACAUCACGGGUAUUGGCUAUGGAACCGACGAUGCGGCGUUCGAGCGUCGCUGGCCGGCCGAUGUGCACUUCAUUGGGAAGGACAUCACGCGAUUCCACUGCGCCCUGUGGCCUGCCAUGCUGUGGAGCGCCGGGGUAGAACUGCCAAAGACGGUGUUCGCCCAUGGGUUCGUCUACAUCAAAGAUGAAACCACCGACGAGGUGCAGAAGAUUUCCAAGUCGUUGGGUAACGUGAUCGAGCCGAUGGAUAUCAUUCGCGCGUUUUCCAGCGAUGCGUUUCGCUUCUACUUCAUGCGCGAGUGCCCCUUCGGUGGCGAUGGCGAGUUCAGCUAUGGCCGCUUCGCCGGCUGCUACAACUCCGACCUGGCCAAUAAUCUGGGCAACCUGUUCAGCCGCACGGUGAGCAUGGCCCUGCGUUACUUCGAUGGCGUGCUGCCCGACUCGAAAUCGAUUGAACCAAAUGCCGUGUUCGAAGGCAUGGAUCUUGGCGAAACGGUGGCCAAGGUCGCGGCCGACAUCGAAGCCUGCCGGUACAGCGUGGCCCUGGAGACGAUCUGGCGGAAUGUGCUGGACCGGGGCAAUCAAUACAUCGAACAGCAGAAACCGUGGCAGUUGGCCAACGAGAAAAAGCCAGAGUACGACCUCAAGGCCUGCGGCGAAGUUCUCACGAAUCUGGCCGAGUCGCUUCGCGUGGCCGCCAUUUUGCUGAAGCCGUUUUUGCCCACGGCCAGCGAGCGGAUCUACGCCGGCUUCAACUACCCCACGCCCUGGGAUGAAGCCGAUUUCGAGAAGAUCGCCAACCGGCCCACACAAACAGAAGACCUGAAAGUAACUGCCCCGCUGAAUGCCGACGGAAAGAUCGAUCCGUUGUUUCCCAAGAUCGAUGAGGUGCCGCAGAUGGAACUGUUCAACCCGAUUACGAAUCUAUCGUCGAAGCUACUCGCGCGGUUGAUCCUGGCGUUCAUCUUUCUCUGCACGCUGAUUUGCAUGGAGGCCUGGGGGCAGGAGUUUGCCAAUGGUCCCCAGCAGCCUUCCGGGGCGAAGGCCAUGCAAGAGGAUGCGGAACUGGCCGACGUUUUCUUCCUCGACCCCAUGCGCGGUUGGGCCGUGGGCGACCGAGGGGCAAUUUGGCAUACGCUGGAUGGCGGACGACACUGGCGAUUGCAGCAGGUCGAGCCCGAUUGCCGGUUCACAUCGAUCCACUUCGCCGAUGAGCGGCACGGCUGGAUUGCCGGCGGAUGGACCGAGCCCUACACCGGCGUGUCGCGAGCCGUGUUGUUACGCACCGCCGACGGUGGCGAACACUGGCGCCCCGAACGCAUCGACACGUUGCCCAAGCUGCACCGCGUGAAAUUCUUCGAUGCCGAUCGUGGGGCGGCGAUUGCCGAGCCUUCGUCGAUGUAUCCCUCGGGGGUGUUUAUUACCGAAAACGGCGGCCGCAACUGGACGCCGGUGCCGACUGAAAAGCCGCAGCGGUGGACCUGCGGCGACUUUCUCGCUCCGGGCGUGGGUGCGCUGGCCGGCGAGAACGCCACGCUGGCCACCGUGCGUCAGCGUUCGAUCGUCAGCAGCACCAGCCCCAAUGCCGGGCUGCGAGGGCUGGCGGCCUUGGAACUCGACCGCAACGGAAGGGGUUGGCUCGUUGGAGAGGGCGGCCUGGUGUUUCACACCGAGGAUCUCGGUCAAUCGUGGCAGCUGCCUACGGCCGAACUGCCGGAGGCCGUGCGGAGCGGGUUCGAUUGGUCGGCGGUGGCCCAGUUUGGUUCGCACGUGUGGAUCGUCGGUUCGCCUGGGUCGCGCGUGCUGCAUAGUGCCGACGGUGGACGAAGUUGGACCGCCCAGAUCACUGGGCAGGCACUUCCGUUGCACGAUGUGACGUUUGUCGAUGCCCAACAUGGCACGGCGGUUGGGGCGUUGGGAACCAUCCUCAGUACGAGCGACGGAGGAGAAACAUGGCAGCGAACGCACAGCGGCGGUACUCGCGCGGCGUUUCUUUGUCUUUAUGGCGAGGCAGAGCAGAUUCCGUGGGAACUGCUGGCCCAACUCUCGGGCGAGGAUGGAUACCUGGGGGCGGUCGAGUUGUUGAACCGCCGGAUUUCGAGCAUCGAUACCGAUGUGGCUUCCGAAUCGCAUCAACUGCACGAGGCCGUGGUGGCGGCCGGAGCGAGUGCGGGUAGCACGACCUGGCAGUUUCCUUUGGGCGAACGCGGAAUCGGCCUCACGGCCGAGCGAUUGGUGCAGGCCUGGAAUGAAGCCAACGACGGCGAUGCUUUGGGCGAAUUGGAAGAGCACAUCGUCGCGCAGAUUCGUAUGUGGCGUCCCGAGGUGAUCUUCACCCAUGCGCCUUCGACCGAGAACGAUGACGCGGUGGAUCAUUUACUCAACCAGGUGGUGCUGCGGGCAGUCGAAGCCGCGGGCGACCCGACGCGAUACUCCGAUCAAGUGGUGCACUGGGGACUUAACCCCUGGCGAGCAAAGAAGGUGGUGGCGCCCGUGUUGCCAGGUCAGCAGGGAACUCUGCAGGAUACCGGGCCCGAGAUGCUGGGGUUCUGGUUGCUGUUGGAUCAUAUUCCUCAACAGCGCGGGCGGCACGAUUUCUUCAGCGGCAUCACACUGCAUCCCGGCGGGGAAGCUCGGCGGAUGCUGGGGCCGAUCGAGGGGCAGACCGGCGAUAUGCAGCGAGUGGCCAAUCGCCAUCGCAAUUUGAAGGCCAUCUUGGAUCGCUUGGAAAAAGAACCCGAGGCCAGCCAACAACUGAUGGGCGGUCUGCGACCGUUGCUGAACGACUUGGAUGUCGAAAGUUCGGCCGACCUGCUUCAUCGGUUAGGGCAAAAGUAUCAUCGCACCGGCCGGUGGGAGCUGGCGGCCGAGUGCUACACCUUGCUGGCCGAUCAGGCCGCGUCGCACCCGCUUUCAGAUGAGGCACUCGUCUGGCUGUUGCACUAUUGGUCCAGUGGCGAAGCGGCCCAUCGCAUGGAUGGGGACACACCGCAGGCGGCUCGCAAAGAUCCUGAGUUUGCUGCGGCCACGCUGCGUCAGGUGAUGCCUGAGCCCGCACCGGGCGAGGCUCCCGCGGUGCAACCGGUGGCCAGUAUCGAACCUCCCAGUGCCAGCGAUCUGGCGAAUGCGCUGCCGGGCGAUCGGGCCAAUCGCGCGGCGGAAGUUGGCAAGCAAAUCAUGGCCCGUGAUGCGGCGUUGUUCGAGCAACCACGAGUGCGCUUCCCGCUGGCGGUGGCCCAUCGCAAACAGGGUUAUCCGCGUCAGGCCGAACGGUAUUACUUAUCGACACGCCGGGGAAGACCUCGCGAUGCGUGGUGGAUGUGUGCUGAAGGUGAACACUGGCUGGCGAACCCCGACGCCGAAUCGCCCAAGCCGAUUUUGGAUUGCCGGAUGGCCGCCGGAAAACCGCGGCUUGAUGGUCGGUUGAUCGACCCCAUGUGGCACUCCUGCGAGCAAGUGACACUGAGCAGCCCCUUGAACGAAGACGCGUCGUGGCCGGCGGUGGUUCGGUUGGCUUACGAUCGCGAGUUCUUGUACAUCGCGGCCAGUUGUCGCGAAGUGCCCGGUGUGACGUACUCGGAUGCCAAGGGCCCGCGGCCGCGCGAUCCUGACUUAUCGAAGCAGGACCGGAUCGAACUGUAUCUGGAUAUCGAUCGCGAUUGGGCCACGGCGUACCGGCUGGUGAUCGACCAUCGCGGUUGGGUGGCAGAAGACUGCUGGGGCGAUGCUACUUGGAACCCCACCUGGUAUGUGGCCGCCUAUCGAUCGGACGGGAAUUGGCACGUCGAGGCGGCCAUUCCUUGGGAAGAACUCAGUGCGAAGCCUCCGCAACUUCGCGAGGCCUGGGCCGUGGGGGUACAGCGGAUUGUGCCCGGCACGGGGUUUCAAUCGUGGAGCAAGCCGGGCUAUGUUGGUUGCGACUGCACCCAGGGAGAACCACACGUGGCGUAUGUAAUCGGCACCGACGAGGCAGGAUACGGACCGAACCUAGGUCCCCUGGUCAUCGGUGCCACGUUGUGGGAGAUCCCCGACGACCUACCAGCGGCGAAAUUCAGCGAGCAGCUUAAGAAUCGCAUCGCCAGUCAUAAGCAAAUUGGCAGCGAGACCAACGCACAGAGUCGAUUCGUGAUUGCCGAUUCGAAGCAGCUCUAUCAGGCUGGCGGAUCGAUGGCUGCUUUGGAAAGCGGUGUUCUUUCGGCGGUGGCCACUUGUGGUGAGUUGCCGAGCACGGGGCGAAAACUGUGGGCGGCGCUGGCGUCUGAAAGUGAACCGCAGCUUGAUGAGCAUCCGUGUCUGGCGGAGUUCGAUGCGGAAUUGCCGGUCGAGGCACCGCUAGAAGUGAUCGAGCGGAAUGCGCAGUGUUUAGGCGAGGUGUUCGACACUGAAGAGAUUCGCCUGCUACGCAUCGCGGCCACGGCGUUGUUUCCCGCCGAGUUCAAUCGCCGCACGGCGGAGUACGAUUCGAAGGGCACCACACUGUCGCGGGCAACGAUCGGCUUGAUUGGCGAACUGCUGAGCGACAUCGAUCGCGGUGAUGUAUCGAUCGUGUGCGACAAGCACGGGGGCCGGAAUCGCUACGGCGAUGUACUGCAGUUUCAGUUUCCCGACAGUUGGAUCGAGGUUCGCGAAGAGAGUCGCCCCAAGAGUCUGUAUCGCUUCAGCUCUGGGGAACAGCGGGUGGAGAUUUGCUUUCGUACUUCGGGCGAAGAUCAUGCGGCUUCGGCACUGGCUUCGAUGACGGCCAAAUACCUGCGGGAGUUGUCGAUGGCAGCGUUCAACCGGUUCUGGCGCGUGCACUUGCCCGAGCUGCGCCCCACGGCCGGCUAUCCGGUGGAUGCGCGACGGUUCAAGGCUGCGAUUGCCACGGUGCAGCAAGAGUUGGGAAUUGACGAUCGAUUAUUGUGGCGAACGCGAUAG